AUGCCGGAUUGCUCUGAAAACUUGUCAGCUGUGAUAGAGAAUCAUGUGCCUAGUUUGGAGGAGUUAAAGGAGGUUUUCCAAAAAUCCCUGGACGCUAAUUUCGAAACGGUCCAAGUGGACAUCGUGGACUGCCCCAACCUGUCUGAGCCACCAUUCCAUCAAACAUCUUCUGGCUUCGGUCAAAACCUCAAAAUCGCAGAAGUCGGAGGACCAGGCAACCUCUACCCCGGUUUCCAUACCGAUCAUCAAUUUGAUAUAAGAACUAUUGGAAAAGUAUGUGAACACCCUGAGGCAUCGGUCUUCGGACCAGGUGCCGGUCCAUGGCCAGUGGUCAAGAAAAACUGCGAAAUGGUGGCCGAUGUCAAUUUGAAAACUGGAAAAACUGCCACAAAAAUCGCGGAAAUCUAUCAGGAAAAGUAUAGACAAAAGAUAAUUGAGGAACCAAAGUUCAGUUUGAUGGCUAACCUGGCGUUGUCAGAUGCUGAUAAGUCGGCCAAAGUUGUUCAUUUCAAAGCGUCGGUGAGGACUGGAGAGAAGAAUGUGACGCAUUGUAUCAGAGAUGGCUUGCAGGAACAUUUUGGAGAGAGACCCGUCUCGCUCGCCGGUCAGUUCAUAAUCCACACCGGGCAAGCAAAGCUUCACGUAAUGCCUCACUUCCCGGGGUGCCCGUUUGCAAACAACGAGGAAGUCGACAAAUGGCUCAACUAUUUUACGAUGGAUGCUCCUUUGGUCUGUGCCACCGUCAUGCAUUCUUAUGAUCCUGGGCACAAUCUGAGAUUGGAGCACACUCAUUGUUAUAGUGAACAUGGGGAUGCUGGACAUUAUCAUUAUGAUGUGACACCUGCGACGGUGGCUUAUGAAGGAUGGUUUGCACCGGCUGGGAAGGUUUAUAGAAUUGAUGAAGUCGCGAAUAGAUAA